AUGGAGAAUUACUUUGAAGCUGCAAAAGUAGCAUUGUCAACCAGAGGGAAAUAUUGGGCACCAUCUGGCGUGUUAAUCCAAGCACGUGAGGCGGAUCAUCCGCAGAUCGGUGUUUCUGGUCACAAUAACUUACCCCUUCCAGAAGGAGGAGAUUUCACAGCUGCUGCUGCCACUGCAUUUACUGAUGAUGACACACGACCGUCACAACCCAGCUUUGUUGGGUCUGGAAGUGAAGAAUCAGCAACCAGUGGCACCACAGAAACCAACGGCAUAUUUGCAAUAGGUGAUAUUAAUCCCUCUUAUCCCAAGACGAAGAGCCCUGGACAGUCAUCAUCUGCCCCCUCAAAGAUACCUGCUAUUCCCCGGUCCUUCAGAGAGACACUAGCCUCAGCUGAUCGCACCUGUUGGAUAGGGGGCCAUCAAACAGGAGCUUCUGAAUUACAAGAUAAACGGAACGUGGAGAAAAGUGAAAAGGCCAAGAAACGUUUCUCUGUUAAAAGCAACGUGGAUGUUCGCAAUCAAGUAUGA